CCAGUGUCUGGACACCCAGUAUGUAGUACACAUGGUCUGGAGAUCCUUCAUUCUCUGUAGCCAAAUCUCAUAACCAUCACAAACCAACCCCUAUCCUAUCUCUCAACUAUCACAUAACAACCAUCAAAAUGCUCUUCAGCACCGGCCUUGCCUCUAGCAUCGCUCUUGCCAUGGGUAACCCCGCAGCUUCCGCCCCUCAGGAUGACUCCCGUUAUGUCCAGCUGCGCAUCUAUAGCGAUUUCGGCUGUUUUGAACAGAAUCAGGGAGAGAUGGGAAUCUAUGGUGACAAACUCAACAAGUGCCAGACCUUUGGCACCACCACUGUUAAGUCUGUACACUUUGAGUACAUGCUGCAUGAUAACUGCACCGUGGCCCUCUAUAAUGACGUUAACUGCCACCUUAAUCGCUACAAUGUUGAGAUUAAUUCUUGCUUAACUGGUGACAAGGAGUAUAGCAGCUACUUUGUUCAGUGCUAAGCAUGGCAUAUGACCUUGUAUUUCUUCUUCAUAUAUAUCAGGAAGUAUAGUCUUCAUUAAGCCUGCACUCAUCGGUUUUAACCUCGUACGGUAACCGACUCCGCAGCUCAGAAGCUGAUUCUCCAUGGUUACAUCAAGCCGUACCGUACUCGUUGAGUUUAUAAAUGUCAAUUUGAUCUCACUUUGUUUCUUCUCU